AGCCAUUCAAAACGGAUAUUCAACCCAAUGGUGUAAAAUAUUACCUUUAAAAUGAAAACUACGAGAAAAACGUUUACACUACAUUUCUCUUCUGCUUCGCCAUAGCGUUACGAAAGUAACUGCGCAUGCGCACAAACCAUUUCCCUGACAACAGAACUGCAUUUCCUCAUAACGUUACUUUGGAUUGUAAUUUAAACAGAUCUGUCAUGCUCAGCGGGAAGCGCAUCGCUGAUGUGGGUUAUAAGCUCUUCUCGGGCUCCAUGAUGUUGCUGACGUUGUACGGUGGAUACCUGUGUGUCCUGAGGGCUCAAAGAUUCAUGCAGAGACAGAAACAGCUGGAGGCACAGAAUGAGAGCACGGCUUCAGAAACCAUUAAAGACUGAAGACACAGGCUGUAAAUAAUCACUUAACCGGACACCGAUCAUGUCACACAGGUGGGAAAGUGUGUA